AUGAAAUCAUUUGCCCCCGCUCUAUCAUUCGUCAACAGUUCCAGCCACCCAGACACAAAACUUACCCAGUCAUUCUCAUUUGCUAUCAAGCUGGACAUUAGUGUAUAUGCUAAUAGAACUUCACAUGGCUGCAAUGUUUCUACCACAGAAAUUCUUGUCAAAUUAAAGUGGGCUCCUAUCCACGAUGCCUUUCAUGACCUUCCUUUAAACUCGAUGGAGAAUACAUCUUCCUUCAUCAACCAGACUAUGAAGGGUAUGGACACAUUAGGACAAAUCACGAGUUACACUGCAGCUCAGCUUGGCGCUCAAUACCAUACACAUGCUUUCUCUGUCCUGAUUGUGUGCAAUUUCGCUCACAUCAUCAGAUGGGACAGGGAAGGAGCCAUUGUUACUUGCACCUUUGAUUACAACAAAUGUCCACACUUAGCUGACUUUUUCCAUUGCUUUUCACAAGCAUCACCUGCAUUGCAUGGUGUUGAUACAUCAGUGAUGCCUGCUAGCGCCAAGGAGGCUACUCGUGCAUGA